GAAACGCAAUCAGUAGCAAAACAAGUUUCUAGAGGCGAAGAAGGCGCGCACACGAUGUUCGCUUGGAGCUGCGAAGUUCCAUCCAAAAACUAAUACAGCAUUUUGGUCUGAAACUGGAAAAGAGUGCUAUCGGUGCUCCGCUUCUGCAAGGAUCGGGCGCGUCGUCCGUCUACCAUACCGUGAGUGUUUCCCUCCGCACAGCAAGAAGGAAUAUCAAGCAAACAAAUACAAAAAAAAAUACCCCCUUUUUUUUUGAGAGGAGUUCGAGAGUGCGUCGUCGUCGGCUCAGGGACAUUUCGAAUUCGCCCGCAGGCUAAAACCGAGAGAAAACAACUCGCCGCACCACAAUUGUAGACGGAGAUGCAGUCUCCGCUGCUUCUUCUUGUCCUGCUGGGUGUCCUUGCCGGUCUGCAGGUGCAGGCCUGCAAUGAGGCCGUGUGCGGGUCCAUAGUGACCAAAUGCCUUCUGACUGAAUCCUGCAAGUGCGAUUUUGCCAAUGGAUGCAGCUGCUGUCAGGAGUGCUCCUACUGCCUCAGUUAUUUGUACAAUGAGUGCUGCUCGUGUGUAGGCAUGUGUCCCAAACCGAACGACACGCAAAGCCCGCUCAACAAGCAAUCCCAGAUAGAGGACUUCCAGGUCGAGGUGCUCGAUCUCUUCCGCGCCCUCACCGAAACCGACGACAUCCAGAAACGCUGGACCCGCUUCGUCUACCCGGUGGACGUCAACAUCCUUCAUCCACCUAAAAAUGACAUCAAAUAUCAACUGCAGAGCGCGGAACAAGAGGUAGCGCCUCUUAAACCUAACAUAACAACGCAUAAUUGCACUGUAGCUUACAUGGCCAAGUGCAUGAGCUGGGAAAAGUGCAAAGCCAGUUGCCAAUCGAUGGGAGCAUCGAGUAUGAGAUGGUUUCACGAUGGAUGCUGCGAGUGCAUCGGAGAGUAUUGCAUCAAUUACGGAAUUAACGAUAGCAGAUGCAUUCAGUGUUCUCGAAAAGAGGAAAUCGACUCCGACGAUCUGGAUUCUUUGAGUGACAACGAGAAGGAUUACGGGGAAGAUGACUACGAUUUAGAGGACGACGUUUAAUUUAACCGUAUACAAAUUAAGAGCUGCUCGGAAAGUUCAUUCACGAUGAACUUAUCUACGAUGCGUUGCAAACUAAUACAUUUCCAUUUGAAUUAUAUAAAAAGAGAUAAGAAUCUCUUUUUGACUCUUCGCAAAACGAAUCUCUGCAAUAUUCAAUCCAUGUAAAUAUUGUUACGAUGAUGCAAAAUCCUGCGUAGAUGUGAAUCACAAACAAACAAAUAUUGAAUUCUCGAGGAAAAAAAAAAGUUUAUUCGUAAAAGUUUUAGUAAAUCUUCAUAUAAUAUAGCGAAGAGUUCGAUAUUUAUGUAUUUUAAACAUAACUAAUUGUAUUUUGUAUAAUUUCUUGUAUAAUAUAUAAAAGUAUGAUA